AUUCCAGCCUGCUCGUCUGGUUUCAGCCGGUGCUGUAAUCUCCCAUACGGCAGUUUUAUCCCAAGCCUUCCCAGUCUUACAGACAACUAGACACUUGCGAACAGGAUGCUGGCUGUUCUCCUCAUCCUUGGGACACUGUGUCCCUUAAACUUUGCAGCAUUAGACAUCAGCUUGCUGGAUCCUCAGUCAGAUGAGGUGCUGACUGCCAUAUUUUCAGAUGGCUUUCUACUACGUUUUCCUAACUGUACUACUUAUGGGGGUCAAGACGGUGCAGUUCUGUACCAGAUUUUGAAAACUGAUGAAAAACAAUCAGAAAAUUUUACGGUUCCAAACUGCAGCUCCGACAAACGGGCUCCACGGGGCUUACUUCUAAAAAACCUUAAACAUGAAACAAAUUACAGCAUAUGGUACAAGAUACGCGACGAAAUCAGCUUGCCCUUGAAUAGUUCAACUCUACCUGUGACUAAAUUCAGUGAAAUUAAUGAUGGUCUGCCGGCCCGCAGUGGAGCCAUGGUGGUCAUCACUGUCAUCCUGGCUUUAGCUAUGGCGGUGCUCCUGGCUGGCAUCAUAUCUCUUAUUUUUAUUUCUAAAUGAUCUUGACAUAAUGCACUUUAACUCUCUCUAAUAUGAAUCAUUUUUAAAUACAUUUCAGAUAUGUUAAGAAAACUGAAGAAGGGUCAAUAAUUUGCUUUUAAAUUAAAUUAUAGCUCCUGUAAAUGUAAUAUAGCUCGCGGAACAGGAAAUGUAAGAAAUAUAGCCCUUAUAUAAAUCCUUACAAAUCAUUUCAAAUCAAAAUAUAGUUCAUUAGUGAUGUGAUCUUUUAAAUAAAAGUUGUACUUGAA